AUGGGAGAAUUCAUAGUGAAUUCAUAUAAACCAGUUGGAUCACUCAAACCAAGAAGAGGAAUUCCACAAAAAAUAACAGAUUUUGUGAUUAAUUCAUCAAGAAAUGAAAUAUAUUAUAGUAAUUCUCGAGGGAAUUUUGAAAUUUUAAGAUAUCAAGCAGAUUCCAGGUCAUGUUCAAAAAUAUUUGAAUAUCCAAUCAUGCAAGUUCCUUCAGAGAUUACAGCUAUUGGAGUGAAUAAAGAUGCUUUAAUAUGUGCAACUCUGGGAAGUGAAUUUGGACCCGGAAAAUUACAACUUUUAGUGAGAGGACAUGAUAACAUCGCUAAUUUUCAAGUAAGUAAUUUUACUUCAAAUACAACUUUAUGGACUUUUGCUCUUUCCAAGACAAAUUCCUUAUUAGUCAUAGGUGCAAUUGUUUUGCAAGAUUAUAUUUAUAAUUGUGGAUCACAUAUAAAAUUUAAUACUAGAAGUGAUGUAUUUGCAGUAGACAUUGAUGAUUAUCAGUUAUCUCUCUGGGAUUCUCGAUAUAUAAAAGAUGAAAAGAAAACCAAGAAAAGAUUAAAAUUUGUGGAAGAAACAAAGCCACUUGUGAAAUAUUUUGGACAUGUCAAUAAUAGUAAUCGGCGGAUUGGAUUUUCUGUUAAUUCUCUUGAAUCUAUAGGUGAUGGUAAUGAUAAGAAAAAUCAUAUAAUUAAUAAUUUAAUUCAUCAUCAUUAUCCAGAAAUACCAAAUAAAAAGUGUGAAGGAAUUUGGAUUUCUGAUACAGAAUUACAUUGGUGGAGUGUUUAA